CUCUUCUUUUAGACUCUUCAUCGUAAUUCAAAGGGAGAUUACUGGGUUUGUUUGCCGGCCAGCUUCGAGACUGAGAGUGGCUUAGAUCUGGAGGAGAACCUGGAUUUUGCCGUAAUUUCGCAUUUCCGCUCAAACGAAAAAAACUCACUGAUCAUGCCAAAAAGCAUCAUUGUGAUAGGAGCUCUCCAAACAUGCGGACCAUAUUGUUUUUAGUGUGCUUAGCCUUUGUGAAAAGAUCUCUUCAAGUGGUAUUCUUAGAUAUUGCCAUUGUGGCUGAUGUUUUAGACAUCACCAAACAAAACGGAUCCUUCUUCGAUCAAGCCUUGUAUUUCAAUAGUUUAAAAGGCAACGCCCAAGCUGUCCGAUCAUCUCUGAACAACGGGGCGGAUCCCAAAGGUCAAAACCAGAAUGGUUUCACACCUCUCCAUGCAGCGGCCUUUUCCGGACAUGAUGUGGUUGUAUCCAUUCUUUUAUUAUACGGGUCGAAAGUAAACAGCAAGUCCAAAAAAGGAGCCACUGCUCUACAUUUGGCCAGCAUCAAUAAUCACAUCAACGUUGUGAAUAUCUUGUUGGACAAAGGGGCAAAUCUCAAUGAAACGGACGAUUAUGGAAGAACAUCGUUGUGGUUGGUGUCAUUCUUUGGCCAUUUGGACUUAGUCACAUCAUUUCUGGAGAAAGGCUCAGAUCCCAAUCACCGAUCCUACGCAACUAAAGCAGCUCCCAUUUAUGUGGCAGCUCAAGAGAAUCACGUGGAAGUGAUCAAAACGUUAUUGAACUCGAAGGUUUUGGUCGAUGUCCGAACCAAAAACGGUCACACUGCGUUGGCCGUGGCGAGUUCUAGAGGACACACAGAUAUAGUGGAAAUCUUAUUAGAUCAAGGCAAUGCCAACGUGAAUGGCACGGACGAGGCAGGUCAGACCCCAUUGCAUGUCGCCGCAUCAGCCAAUCGCACGGGUGUGAUCCAAACCCUGCUUGAUCACCAGGCCAACGUGAACCAUGCUGACUCCUUGGGACAAACGCCAGUUUAUUGUGCGGUCCUCAUGGGCCAAGAAUUGACAGUCGAGCUCCUGGUCGAAAACGGGGCGGACCUCGACCUCGAAGAUGAUGAUCUGAUGACCCCUCUCUAUGCAGCAGCCUAUAUUGGCAACCAUGCUGUGGUAGAGAAACUCAUCUCCCUCGGAGCAAAUAAGGAAAAAGCAUCGGUAGACGGGUUCACACCCUUGUUGGUGGCCUCGCAGCAAGGCCAUUUGUGGGCCACUCAAGUUCUGACCGAGUCCGGGGCCAAUUUAAGCGCUAUCACAUUCGAUGGCGCAAACAUCCUCUUUUGGCCGAGUUAUUUCGGUCACAUGCAUAUUUUGGAUUACCUCAAGCCUAAAAGCCUCUAUUUGAACCAUCAAGAUGAUCGAGGACGAACGGCUGUGUGGGCGGCCACUCUAGGCAAUCGCUCUACAGUCAUCGAGGCCUUGGCGGAUUUAGGGGCCAAUGUCAGCAUUUCUGACAACAAUGCCUGGCAACCCAUUCACAUUGCGGCACACCUUGGCCACUUAAAGGCAUUGAAGUUGUUGCAUUCCCUUGGAGCGGAUUUGGAAGCACUCACUGCCGAUGGCCGAACUCCGGUUUACAUCGCCAGUUCCGUCGGACACCUUUCCAUCGUCAACUAUUUAUUGGAUUCAGGAGCAAUGGAGAACACAGCCACCGACUUUGGAUGGACCCCAACAUUUGUAGCCACGAUUCGAGGCCAUUUUAGAGUGGUAGGAGCCUUAUUGAAUGCCAGAAAGGACAAUUUAGAUGUACCAAUCGAUAACUGAAAUACACGCCAAAGUAGGUUGCGUGAUCUUACAAAAACACUUUGCGUGUAUACGGCGGGAAAUCGAUAAGAGUCACAGCGUCCCGUAGGAUGGUCCCACUUUAUGGUGGAACCAAAGCACAUUAUGUCCCAAAAUGAUACA